AUGUACAUCACUCUCUACGACAUAGUCACCCGCCUCCCUGACUCCCUUCGCGUAGUCAGGGACCACUUCCUCUUAGUUUGUCCCACCACCCUCACCGUUGACCUCCUCGAGAAGGCCUUCUUAGCAGCGGAGAAGAGCAUAGUCGCUGUAGGAGCGUCUCGUGGUGACCCUCGCACCCCCAUCUUUGAGGGUCGGUCGGUGCGGCAUCUACCCCUAGCGGGAGACGCCGCCCUCGCAAGGGCAAAGGGGGCAGGGGCGCUGGAGGAGCUAGCGGGGGCGGUAGAGGCGGCGGUGGAGGCAGCGGAGGGAGCGAGGGUGGCGGUGGGGGUGGUGGCGGGGGUGGAGGUGUCGGUGGCGGCAGUGGAGGCGGAGGCGGCGGCGGUGGCGGUGGGAGCGGAGAUGGUGGCGGAGGUGGCGGCGGUGGAGGAGGUGGUGGGGAAGGAGGUGGAGCUGGUCGGGGUGGCGCUGCGCAGAGGGUCGGCUCCGGUGGUGCGGGGUGGGGGUACUGGUCCGUGCACCUACUUUCUACGCACCGGCGACCGCGCGGGUGAGCAGUGCGGGGGUGCGCACUCCACCCAGCGCUGCUUUGGCUGUCUGACGGACGCUUGGCGUCACCAGUUCUCGGAGGCCACGGAGAUCCCCCGCUGGGGUGAGCUGUCUAGGGCGGGAGUAGCUGUCUUUGACCUUGACUUUGAUGCUAUUCUUGCUGCCAUGUAUGCUGUGACUAUUAGUGAUGAGGGUGACUCUUACCGGUGUUUUCCGCCCGACCCGGGCAUUGAGACUGCCGCUCUAGGUACUGGUGAGGCUGCUGCUCUAGGUGCUAGCGAGGCUGCUGCUCUAGGUGCUUGUGCGUCUGCUCCCUCAGGUGCUGGUGAGUUUGCUCUUUCAGGUACUGCGUCGGCUUCGGCCUCCCACACCUUCACCCUUGACUCGGGGGCUUCUCGCUCCUUCUUUCGAGACCGCACCACACUCACGCCGCUUGGCCGGCCAGUUGCAGUCUCUCUGGCACACCCCUCUGGGGGUCCUGUCCUUGCUCACUACUCCACUAUCCUCCCAUGUCCGGCGGCCCCCUCUAGCACCCUUUCUGGCCUUUACCUCCCCUCGUUCUCUACGAACUUGGUGAGUGGUGCUGACCUACAGGAUGCGGGGGUUCACCAGUUCACUCCUGCGAGUCAGCGGGUGACCCACUGCACGGACGCUCGGACAGGCCGACACCUGGCCACGUUUACACGUCGGCCGGGGUCGAGCCUGUACACACUGACCAUUGCGUCCCCUCCAGACACUGCGUCUGGUCAGGUAGCUUCGUCGAGUCAGGUGUUUGCUACAGCGUCCAGGUCUGGUCCUGAGUCUGCCCCCUGCUCGUGUCGCCUCCUGUCUCACGAGACUCUUCUCUGGCACCACCGCCUUGGUCACCCCUCCCUGCUUCGUCUCCGAGGCAUGGCCUCCCGUGUACUUGUCCCUGGUCUUCCCCGGUCCCUCCCUCCCCUUCCUCCUGGGCCUGGCCCUACCUGCGUCCCCUGUGUCCAGGGGCGGCAGCGGGCUGCCCCUAACUCCUCCCAGUUUCCUCCGACAGAGGCCCCGCUGCAGACGCUUCACAUGGACGUGUGGGGCCCGGCCCGCUUCCGUGGACAGGGUCACGAGCGCUACUUCCUGCUGGUGGUUGACGACUACUCGCGUUACACCACAGCAGAGCUUCGGCUCGGACUUUCCUGUUCUGCGUCUGCACUCUGA